AUGGCCGAAUGCCCAGGACAUUUCGGUCAUAUUGAUUUGGCUAAACCUGUAUUUCAUAUCGGAUUCUUGGCCAAAGUAAAGAAAAUCCUGGAAUGUGUCUGUUUUCACUGUUCUAAACUUAAAAUUGAUCAAUCAAAUCCUAGAUUUGAAAGAGCUCGACGAAUUAAUGAUAGAAAAGUGAGACUUCGCGCAGUUUGGGAUAUUGCUAAAACCAAAAUGACCUGUGAAGGUGGUGAUGAAGAAGAUGGUCUGGAAGAAAAAGAAGAAUUCAAUAGUGGCAAGCGUAAGAGUAAUCAUGGAGGUUGUGGUUACAAACAGCCUCUUAUCCGUAAAGAUGGUUUAAAGCUUUAUGCACAAUUCCGCGCAAGCCCCGGAGAUGAUGCUGGGAGUGAAGGCAAACAGUUGUUGACACCUGCAAAGGUUUUACAAAUCUUAAAAAAUAUUCCUGAUCAAGAUAUAAAAGACAUGGGCUUGUCUGAAGAGUUCGCUAGACCUGAAUGGAUGAUUAUCACUGUCUUGCCUGUUCCGCCUCCACAAGUUCGUCCUUCUAUUCAAAUGGACGGUACCAGUAGAGGUGAAGAUGACUUGACACACAAGCUUUCCGAUAUUUUAAAGGCAAAUGCGAACGUCAAGCGCUGUGAGUCUGAAGGUGCACCAGUCCAUGUUGUAAAUGAGUUCGAACAGCUAUUACAAUUCCAUGUUGCAACUUAUAUGGAUAAUGAUAUUGCUGGUCAGCCACAAGCUUUACAGAAAUCAGGAAGACCACUUAAAUCCAUUCGUGCUCGUCUUAAGGGUAAAGAAGGUCGUCUUCGUGGUAACUUGAUGGGUAAGCGUGUAGACUUUUCUGCACGUACUGUCAUUACAGGUGAUCCAAACCUUGCUCUUGACCAAGUGGGUGUACCUCGUAGUAUUGCUCGUAACCUUACAUAUCCUGAAAUUGUCACACCUUACAACAUUGACAAGCUGCAACAGCUGGUCCGUAAUGGUCCUCUUGAGCAUCCUGGCGCCAAGUAUGUCAUUCGUGAUAAUGGAGAACGUAUUGAUCUUCGUUAUCGUAAGAGAGCUGGUGAAAUACCAUUACAAUAUGGAUACAGAGUUGAAAGACAUAUUAAUGAUGAUGAUGUCGUCAUCUUUAACCGACAGCCCUCACUUCACAAAAUGUCCAUGAUGGGUCACAGAGUCAAGGUGAUGCCAUACUCUACUUUCCGUUUGAAUCUAUCAGUCACCUCUCCUUACAAUGCUGAUUUCGAUGGUGAUGAAAUGAAUCUUCAUGUUCCUCAGUCUCUAGAAACAAGAGCUGAAAUUACCGAAAUCUGUAUGGUUCCAAAGCAAAUCGUUUCCCCACAGUCAAACAGACCGGUCAUGGGUAUUGUGCAAGAUACUCUUUGUGGUAUUCGUAAGUUUACUUUAAGAGACUGCUUUUUGGCCAAAGACUUGGUAAUGAACAUCGUUAUGUGGGUGCCCUCUUGGGAUGGCUAUAUACCUCCACCUGCCAUUCUUAAGCCAAGACCCCUAUGGACUGGUAAACAAAUUCUUUCGAUGGUCAUUCCUAAAGGCAUCAACUGUCAAACCUUCCACUCCACUCAUCCAGAUGGAGAGACCACACUAAUAUCUCCUGGAGAUACUCGUGUCAUUAUCGAAAAUGGUGAGCUGAUAUGUGGUAUUGUUUGUAAAAAGACAGUUGGUACAUCAAACGGUGGCCUUGUGCAUACAAUCAUGAAUGAACUUGGCCCAGAAGCAGCCAAAGACUUCCUCAGUGGUACACAGUUGGUUGUUAACUACUGGUUACUACAAAAUGGUUUCAGCAUCGGUAUUGGUGAUACAAUUGCUGAUCAAGUCUCUAUGGCUACCAUCACCAACAUCAUUUCUCAAGCUAAGCAGCGUGUACAAGAAGUCAUUAUUACUGCACAACAAGACAAGCUUGAAGUUCAACCUGGUAUGACCCUUCGUGAAUCUUUUGAAGCCAAGGUCAACCAAACGUUGAACAAAGCUCGUGAUGAUGCUGGUAAGAUGGCUCAAAACAGUUUGAAAGAAGACAACAACGUGAAGCAAAUGGUAAUUGCUGGUUCUAAGGGUUCCUUCAUUAACAUUUCCCAAAUGUCUGCUUGUGUCGGUCAACAAAACGUUGAAGGCAAGCGUAUUCCUUAUGGCUUCAAGUUCCGUACUCUUCCUCACUUCUCCAAGGAUGAUCACAGUCCCGAAAGUCGUGGUUUCGUCGAAAACUCUUAUCUUAGAGGUUUGACUCCUACCGAGUUCUUCUUCCAUGCUAUGGGUGGUCGUGAAGGUCUUAUUGAUACAGCUGUCAAAACUGCAGAAACAGGUUAUAUUCAGCGUCGUUUGGUGAAAGCUUUAGAAGAUGUCAUGGUCAAGUAUGACGGUACUGUCCGUAAUUCCCUUGGUGAUAUCAUCGAAUUCUGCUACGGUGAAGAUGGUAUGGAUGCUGCAACCGUAGAAUCACAGAAAUUUGCAUCUUUGAGAUGCAGCAAUGAAGACUUUGAAAAGCGUUUUAGAGUUGAUGUUAUGAAGGAUGGAUUUAAGAAGGGUACCCUCAGCUAUAAUAUUCGUCAAAAGAUUGAAGGUAAUGAAGACGCUCAGGCAAUCCUAGAACAAGAAUUUGCCCAACUACAAGAGGAUCGUCACAAGUUACAGACGACCAUCUUUAAGAAUGGUGAAGAUAAAUGGCCAUUGCCCGUCAAUCUCUCUCGUUUGAUUGUCAAUGCUCAACAAAUUUUCCAUAUCGAUCCUCGUACACCAUCCGAUAUCAAUCCUUUCCAGGUUAUCGAUGGCGUUUCGAGCAUCGUGGAUCGUUUACAUGUCGUUCGUGGCAAAGAUAAGAUAUCGGCUGAAACUCAAAAGAAUGCUACUCUGCUAUUUGGCAUCUUACUUCGCUCAACGCUUGCAGUUAAACGAGUUGUUGAAGAAUACCAUUUGACAUCACAGGCCUUCGACUGGAUUCUUGGUGAAAUUGAGGCACGUUUCUUACAAUCGGUUGUCGCUCCUGGUGAAAUGGUUGGUACUAUUGCCGCUCAAUCUAUUGGUGAACCAGCCACU